AUGGGCGGUAGAGUAACUAAAGAUCUUGAGUUGAUUGGUGCCAGAGGAUUGGUGAUAGAUAUACUCAAUGAGUUCGCACGUCGUCUUGAAUUUAGCUAUCGACUAUUCCUCCCACCGGAUGGAGAAUAUGGAGCGAAAAUAUCAAACACAACAUGGAGUGGAAUGAUUGGUGAAUUACUGGCCAAGAGAACUGAUAUUAUAGCAGCCCCACUAUUCGUAAACGAAGAACGAUCAGGAUAUGUGUAUUAUGUUGGACCGUUUAUGGAAGAUACAAUGGGUAUUCUGAUUAAAGUUCCUGAUCAAAAUGAAGAAUUGUUCCAAAUGUUUCUGCCUUUUCGUUAUGAUAUAUGGCUGUGCUUGGUUGCUUCAGUAUUCAUUGCAGCCUUGGCAAUUACACUAUUCAGCAUUAUAAGUCCGUUUAGUGCCUGGAAUUUAGCCUUACCUGGAGCCACAUCUGAUGAAGUUUCAAUAUACCACAGUAUCUGGUUUAAAGUCGGUGGUAUGCUAAUGCAAGGACAAGAACUACGAGCCAUCGCUGGUUCUGCAAGGACAGCUAAUUUGACAGCAUUUUUAACCAGAAAUGUUGUACAAAUUCCUAUUUCGUCGUUGGAUGAUUGUGCCAAUUCAGGAUAUACAGUGGCUGCCAUAGAAUACAGUGGACUGAAGAAAAUGUUCGAGCGUGGAAUCGGAAAUCCAGUUUACUCAAAGAUAUAUGAAAAAAUCACCAAGAAUGAUGUUGAUAUCACUUCUCUGAAACAAAGUGUUGAGUUUGUACGCAAUAGUACAUCGAAUGUGUUUUUGGGUAACAGGAUAUCAUUACUACACUAUCCAUAUGAUGGAACGGAUACCCUGGAUGUUGUUGAAGUGAAAGACAUUGUUAUCCCACUUUCAUUCGCUGUUAGAUUAGACGAAGAGUAUGCCAGCUUAAUGUUGAACUUCAUGUCGACACUGAGAGAAAGAGGGGUAAUCGAUCAUUUACUCGAAAAAUGGGAUGUGGAAAAGGCGAAAAUUGUUGCUAACACAGCCUCGUACAAUGCAGUAACACUUCGUAAUAUAUCUGGUGCAGUUAAAGUCUUGUCUGUAUUUAUUGUGGUCAGUUUAAUAGUCCUGGUUAUUGAAAAGUUAUGGUAUAAACGUUCGCUGAAUAAAGCAAGACUCAAUCCAAAGUGUAAAGAAAAAGAUGAAGAAGAAUGUCAUCCUGGGAUAUGGCGACGUUUUACUCAUCCUUCAGCUGACCUAGCAAAACCAAAAUUAGAUCUAUCACGGAAUCCUACACUAAAACAGUUAACAUAUGCUGGUCAUAGAAGAGCGUCAGCAGCUUACGAUGCUACUAUAAUCACUGUCGACCACCAUCAUACGGAAUCAUCAGAUGUUGAUUAGAGGUGUCGGGAUGGACAGCGUGUUUAUAUGAUAUGAUGGAAGAAUGCUUACUAACAACCACCAUGUGCUGUCAGAUUGAAAGAACAGUGACGAAUAACCAACCAAUCAAGAAUUAAUGCCGUAAAUUUUAUUUAAAUUAGUAUUGAAAUACCGUGGAACUGACCAAACUGUUCCUUU